AUGUGGGUGGUGGUGGUUGGGGGUGCGGGGGUGUGGAGUAGUAGUAGUAGUAGUAGUAGUAGUAGUAGUAGCAGUAGUAGUAGUAGUAGUAGUAGUAGUAGUAGUAGUAGUAGUAGUAGUAGUAGCAGUAGUAGUAGUAGUAGUAGUAGUAGUAGUAGUAGUAGUAGUAGUAGUAGUAAUGAUAGUAGUAGUAGUAGUAGUAGUAGUAGUAGUAGUAGUAGUGGUUGUAGCAGCAGCAGCAGCAGCAGCAGCAGCAGUAGUAGUAGUAGUAGUAGUAGUAGUAGUAGUAGUAGUAGUAGUAGUAGUAGUAGUAGUAGUAGUAGUAGCAGCAGCAGCAGCAGCAGCAGCAGCAGCAGCAGCAGCAGCAGCUGCUGCUGCUGCAGCAGCAGCAGCAGCAGCAGCAGUAGUAGUAGUAGUAGUAGUAGUAGUAGUAGUAGUACUAGUAAUAGCAGCAGCAGCAGCAGCAGCAGCAGCAGCAGUAGUAGUAGUAGCAGUAGUAGUAGUAGUAGUAGUAGUAGUAGUAGUAGUAGUAGUAGUAGUAGUAGUAGUAGCAGCAGCAGCAGCAGCAGCAGCAGCAGCAGCAGCAGCAGCAGCAGCAGCAGCAGCAGCAGCAGCAGCAGUAGUAGUAGUAGUAGUAGUAGUAGUAGUAGUAGCAGCAGCAGCAGCAGCAGCAGCAGCAGCAGCAGCAGCAGCAGCAGCAGCAGCAGCAGCAGCAGCAGCAGCAGCAGCGGAAGC